AUAAAAAGCCCUUUUUGAUAACUAAAAUAAUCACUCCAAUUUGAGCUUAACUUUUCCAUGAUAACUAAACUUUUAUACCACCUAAGCCACUGUGAUCAUAUUUGUGAAAACAAAAAUCCCAUUUCUUAAGAACAAGUGUUACCAACAAUUGUAAAUUUGUUACAAUUUGAAUUGUAAUACCACAAAGGUUGUUGAAUUCAAUCAUUCUUGUUCUUCCUGACUUCACCACUAAAUAACUGUCACAAGUCAUAGUAACUCACAAGUAACAAAGAUGUCACAAGCAAGCAUGUCCUCAGAAUCAGAUGGUGGCAACAUAGAACUUGGUGCUAGUUUACUACUUGCUACUACUACUACUACUAGCAGCAACAAAUACAAUAAGAUAUGGCAUAGAAGCAAGAUACUACUAUACAUAAAAGUCAUUAUCUCCUUGAGGAAGGAUACAACUUCUAGUGACAAUUAUGAAGAAUCUCUUCCACCAUCACCACUACCAAACACUUCAUUACUUCCUAGUCCUCCUGCUAGAACAUCCUCUGCCAAAUCAUUUGUUGGAAUCGAUAUACCUUCUCAUACUCAAGAGGGGUAUAUUGCUGAAAUUGUGAAGAAGAAGGACUUAAUAUCUCUUCUUAAGUUUGGUGGGGUUGAUCGCGUUUGUGAAAUUCUACAUGGUCAAACUCAUCACCCAUUAGAGAAGAUCACUGGGAACCUUGGAACAAGCUUCUCUAGCAUUUUAUGGAAUAGCUGCAAACACAAUCGUUACACAAUUUCAAUGAUGUUGAUUUCGGCCUCAUUGUCCUUUGCCACGGAACUCAAGCAGGAGGGACGGAAAUAUGGUUGGCAUGAUGGUGUUGCUAUGGUUUUUUUUGUUUUACUUCUGCUCGCAUUCUCUUCAAUAACUAACUUUUGGUGCGAACGAAAAAUGGUGAAAUUGGCAAAGAGAAAAGGCCAGGAGGUGAAGUUCAAUGUUAAAAGAGGUGAACAUGAUCUUGUUCUUCCCGUAUACGAUAUUGUUGUGGGUGACAUCGUGUGUUUGAGUCCCCGUGAUGAGGUUCCUGCUGAUGGUUUGCUUGUGAGUGGCGACGUCCUUGUGCUGGAUGAUGGAAUACAAAAUGAAAAAAUUGAUUGUAGGGAGAACCCAUUUCUUAUAGCUGGUUCAAAGGUGAUUGAGGGUCAUGGACAGAUGGUUGUGACAUCAGUUGAAAACAAGCUGAAUGUGGCUGAGAUGAAAGGCUCAAUGAAUUGUAAUUUUGAAAAGAAAGGCCUUUUGUACAGUCUAAUUGAGAAGCCAAUUUCUAACCUUGACAAAGCCUCUCUUUUAAUCUUUACACUCGUUGCAUUUGUAUUGUUCAUUCGCCUAAUUUGUAAAAAAGAUGGAGAUGGUGGCGGAUUGCCGGAAAUUAAAGGGAAUAAUGUUUCAAUUGGCCUGUUGGCGCAACUCCUUGAGAACAUUUUUUUGAGACCACGAGGAAAUAUUUCCAUUUUAGCAGGACUUUUUAGUGUUGUAAUGCUGUGUGUACAACAUGGAGUGCCACUUAUGGUUACUUUAUCUCUCCAUUACCAGAAUGAUAAACUGGUGGUUAAUCAAGAAGUUGUUCAUAAUGAUUUGUCAGCUUGUACAACAAUGGGGUUGGUGACUGUUAUAUGCAUUGAUGUAUCUGGUGGGAUCAUACCAAAACCAAUGGAGGUUAAAAUCUGGGUGGGAGAGGGGGAGAGAGAUAUGAGCAUGGUUGAGGAACCAGAAACACGUUUUGUACUUGACAAGCUUAAACAAGGACUUGGUUUAUCAGUUCUUGCACCAGGACUAUCUCCUUCUCCUGUGUCCAAUUCACUUGUUUCGUGGGCAGAAAAAACAUGGAAAAUGGACAUUUUAUCUUUCAGAGAAGAUUUUCACAUUCUUAAGCAUAGCAAACUGGAUUCUAACCAAGAGGGCAGUGGAGUUUUGGCAAGAAAAGUUAGGGUCAAUGAACAAGUUAUGCACGUGCACUGGAGCGGGGAUGCACCCACGAUAUUGGAAAUGUGUUCGCAAUACUAUGACAGUGAAGGAGCAUGUCAUUCCAUAGAAAAUCAGAAACUUAAAUUUAGGCAGGUGAUUCAAGAGAUGGAGGAUAAUGGCCUUAAGCCAAUUGCAUUUGCUUGUAGAGAAACACAAGUGCAAGAACUGGAGCAAGAUGAAUUGACCUUGUUAGCACUGGUAGGUCUCAAAUUCAAGUGUCAAGAAUCAACAAAAUUAGCUUUGCAAAAUCUCAAGAAUAAUGGAAUAGAAAUCAAAUUGGUCUCGGAGGAUGACAUCAUGGUAGUGAAAGACAUGGCUUGUGAACUGAGAAUAGAAGUGCCGAUAAAUGGUCACCUUGAAGGAAAAGAACUUAAAGAUUUGAAUGACAAAGAAAGAUUAGUUAAAGUGGAUCAAGCCAUUGCAAUGGGAAGUUUCAGUCCUAAAGACAAGCAUCUCAUGGUUAGGUGUUUGCAAGACAAAGGUGAUGUGGUUGCAUUCAUUGACCAAGAAAGGUUGAUGACCAAUCAUAAUUCAGAAGUUCUAAAGCUAGCUGAUGUAGGGAUAGUUCAUAACUCUCUAAGAAGAACAAUUGAUGGUAGAGAGAAAUCUGGUAUAACUAUCACAUGUUUCAGUGCACUGGUACCAAUCAUUAAGGCUGGCAGAAGUAAAUAUCACAAUAUUCAAAAGUUCAUUCAACUUCAGAUGACAGUUGGUAUAUCAGGGUUACUCAUAACCUUGAUUACAACAAUAUUCACAGGAAACUCUCCCUUAACAGCAAUCCAAUUGAUUUGGGUGAACAUGCUAAUGUGUAUUCUGGGCGGUCUAAUGAUGGUGAUGGAAUUAAGUAGUGAGGAUGAACAAAAACAACCAUCUGGUAGGAAUCAACCAAUUAUAACCAAGAAAAUAUGGAAAAACAUAGUUUUUCAGGUUUUCUAUCAAGCUUCUGCAUGUAUGAUACUUGAGUUUGGGGGACACGUAACUGACAGUGAAAAGCAAGUAAGGAAAAUCAUGAUCUUCAAUACAUUCUUUCUUUGCCAGCUCUUCAAUCUGCUCAAUAUCAUGGGUUUCUUGAAAGCAGAUAUUUUCAAGAUUGAUGUUCAGAAGUUCUGUUUCUUAGUGGCUUUAGGUGGUUGUGUUGUUAUGCAGGUUGUGGUAAUUGAGUAUGCAAAAGGCUUAGCAGAUUGCAUGCGGCUGAAUGCCGCUCGAUGGGCUAUCUGUGUCCUGGUCAGUGCUGUUCCAUGGGUACUUGAAUGGACCUUGAAGAAGAUUUUUUCAGUUUUUUUCAGCACCAAUUAUAGUUCACCCUUGGACUCUCGAGAGUCAACCCCACAACCUUUGUUCUAUCUUUAUUGGGGGCUUCCAUUUAUGAUGCUUCUUUUGUUCCCUAUAGGACUAGCAGGUAUGACAUUUCAUUGAUAGUUAGUUGCAGGUCAUCUUUAUGUAAGGUAUAUAUACCAGUUUAGAGUUUAGGUGAUGCUUUACUUCUGUAUCAUAUGCAUCUUGCUUUGAUUAUAUCUUUUGCAACAUUUUACACACAUAGAUUAGCAGUGUAAACAUUUGAUGUUAUUCAGAGACAGCUAGUUUAACCAGUUUCAGUAAUUUCAGUAUCAAUGUUAUUUGUCUGGCAUUUUAAUUACAUCAUUAUCUCACUACUGCUUUGGUUAAUAAAAGAAAUAAAAGAAAAAGUUUCAUUUGAACACAAAUAGUAAGCCAUGUUUCAGUUCACACUGCUUCAUUUCAACAUUAUGUGUAAGUAAUGGUGUGUUAAAAUGGUGCACAAGAAACAUUGCUUUUUAUAUUUAACCAUUUCUCUUGACUUUUGAUACUGGCAUAAAUGUGAAUGUAAUAAUAGAAUAGAGGAAUGAACACAAAACCUGCAUUUCACAUGUCAUGAUAGCACAAAACCUGUAUCAGCUUGUAUUACAGUUAGAGAUGAUCUUUGGCCACACUAUUCCAUAGGGGAAGGCCCUUCUUCUAUUCUGUUAUCGCCACUAUGCUCGCUACCUAACAUGACUGCCAUUAGCAUCAGCUUGCCAGCAACUGGAAAAUCUUUGUGCUGCAUUAAUAUUGUUUCAACUGAAGAGCUCAUAUCCCCCAAAGUUGAAGUCUCCAUGUUGUCUUGUCUCAAGGGCAAUACUUGAUCAAACCCUUCUUCAAAAGUUACACUUUGGAGUGCAUAACACCUGCUUGAAGCCUGGAAAAGUGCAGUAUUUUUCAAGUUCUGUAGAGUUUCCUCAUCACUCCAUCCUUCAAUCAUGUAUGCAUCAUGGAAUUUACUCCAAUCAUCCUGACUGGCAGCCUUCUUCCAGCAAUCCUCCAAAAGUUUUCUGUGGUUCUUGCGAAAUGAGGAACUGGUCCAUGCAAACACAUCAAAGGUCCACAAUGAGAGCUCUGGGUCUUCACCUUCUAAACACAAUUUAAUCAAGUCCUCUGGAUGCAGCAGCUGAUCAUCCACAAGUUGCUUAUCUUCAAUAGAAGCAAGACGUUUCAUUACUUCCUCCUGCAGGCUUAGUGUAUUAGUGAAAAACAUAUCAAAAGGAUUCUUACAAGGAUGUGAAAAGGCUUAUAUAUCAAUGCAUGGUUCUGCAAGUUCUCAUGAACCAAAGCAAAUACUGAUUUCAGAUGACACAACUUCAACUUCCAUUAGGCAGACAAUUUAUUUGCAAAAUGUGUAUUAAGAAUUAAUACCAAUUGAUAAGAACCUGACAUACUAUUAGAAAAUGAAGAGUGCUAGCAACAACACUCACUCUAACACCUGUUAAGAAACGUAAUUAGUGUCAUUUUAUUUUCUUAAAGUAAUCAAAUAAGUAAUUAUAUUUUCCAAAUUGCUCCUCUUGGGGACUUCUUCCAUGAGUAUAAA